AUGCAAUCGAGCGAUUUAAGCAGGCUAGGGGAAUCAGUGGCUCACCAGGGGCACGUCGCGCUUGAUGGCGUGGCCGGAGCGGCCGACCUUGACGUCAUGGUCGCGGGCGAACUUCUUCCAGCCAGUGUGGAGGACACUAUGUCCAGCCUCUCCACUGAUACGCUCCAAAGCACCAUUACUGAAGACGAUGCUGCUUCCUCAUAUUUGGUGUGUGUUCUUCAUUUUGAUGGCGCUUCAAAAGGGAAUCCAGGAAAAGCUGGUGCUGGAGCUGUACUUAUGACUGAAGACAGGAGAGUGAUAUCUCGACUUCGUGAGGGUCUUGGUAUUGCUACCAAUAAUGUUGCUGAGUACGGGGGCCUGAUCUUAGGACUGAAAUAUGCUAUUAGGCAUGGAUUCAAGAGAAUCAAAGUAUACGGUGACUCUCAACUAGUUUGUUAUCAGGUGCAAGGAACAUGGACAAGUCGAAACCAGAAAAUGACGGAACUGUGCAAUGAAGUGAGAGGACUACAAGCAAAUUUCGUUUCUUUUGAGAUGAAUCACGUGGGUCGGGAAUGGAAUGCGGAAGCGGACCGCGAGGCUGAGAUAGCUGCUACCACUCUUGCAGCUGGCAUGGUCUCCGAGGAGCGUGGUGAAGGCUUCUAA